GUCACGCCCAAGUCGCCACCCACCCGUCACCUACCUGCCUACCCUGCCCGCACUGUGCUCUUUCUACUGCCGUUGGCUCCUGGAGUCGCCCUCACCUCCUCUGUGCAACUGUACCGUCCCGCCAGGCCCGUCUACCCACCUGCUUCCCCCGGGGGGCGCCUCUGCUCCGCGGUGCGUCUCACCGGCUCGUCGAGCUUCUUUUCUGUUCCCGAGGAAAUCUACGCCAACAAUCCUCAACAUUAAUCCUCAGCCACCACAACCAUGGGCAAGGUCUUUUUCAACGAUUGGGAGCUAUGGCAAAAGAUGACCUUUGUGUUAGCAUGUGGCAUCGUCAUAACAAUCAUAGUUGGAUUGAUCAAGCUUCAAUACGAUAACUACAGGGUCCGCAAAUACAGCAAACCCGAGAAGGGAAAGAAGCCGCAGACCCCAGAAAUGCUCGAAGCCCAACCAGUUGUCAGCAAAACCAAGAACGAUAUCCCUUUCGGUAUCAGAGCUAUAGAGAGCGGCAUCGAAGUAGACGGUGUCUGGAUCUCCAGGUCCAACACACCAGUUGGUAGCAGUCGCUCCUCCAUAACUGAAACCCGUCUCCCGCGUAGCCUCAACAACUCGCAACUUGAGUUACCAAAGCCAGUGCACGGCUCUUCCAGUCGAGAUAGCUCGCGCGCCCCUAGCUCUGGUUAUGAUCGCGCAGUCUCAGCAGAGCGCAUCCCAACAAAUGAUUCCCGCACUUCUUCACCAGUCUUCGAUGCACAAAAGGGUUCACGUGUGCGUCCGCAUGUCGCAUCCGUCGCGUCAAGUUCUAGAAAUCCUGCUUCCGAUACUGCACGCAAUUCAUGGGUGCAAGCUAUGGAGGGAAUUGAUCAUGCCUCCACUUCCUCAGUCCGCUACGAACCUACAAAAGCCAAACCUGGGUCCUCAAAUUCAGGCAAGUCGAGUGGACGUACCAGUGACGAGUCGGACUAUCUGAACUUGCAAGACGCUCGAGUAUUCGAAGCAGCUCAUAUCCAGCCCCGUAAUGCCAACCGCGCCGUUCCUACGGAUCCUCGCUCCGAUCUCGAGCUCCUUCAAAGCCAUCGAUUAUCUCACGUUGCAGAAACCGGGCAGCUAACACCACGAGUUCGCCGACCUGGAUACAGUGGAGAGUGGGCGAGUGUAGCGGACAACUUUAGGUUACCGCAGGAUAUCUCCUCGUCCAACGGUGUCGAAUACUUUGUACCACGGCAGAAGACUCCAUCUCCGCCGCUCCCUCCACUUCCUGCCCUUCCACAAGAGUACGUCAACCAGGUGAGGCAACCAAUUCCUCUCCUGGAGACGUAUGCACCGCAGGCCACCCAUAUGCCCGAGUCUUAUCAACCCCGUGGCCCACAGCACCAGUACGAGGAGGAUCGGGCACAACCUAAAGGGUCUUCUCAGCCUUCACGCAGCGAUUCCAACGUCAUUCGCAAGGUCAACUCCGGAUUCGAAAUACUGAGGCCAGGCACAUUCGGCGAGCCACCUAGCCCUGAGGACGAAAAGCUAGCUAUUGGUGAGAAAAGACAGUCCAAACGUCUGCAAAAGAAGCGAAGGUCAUCGAGUAGCUCCAAUGGACGCACUUCGCAUUUUGUCGAGCAGGUUUAAGUGAGGUAUCUAACCAAACUUCGAACCUCGAAGCGAGUUACAAGUUCCACGCGGCCUGUGAGAGGUACGUGCAUGCUUCUGUGGGCAGCCUUCCACCUGAGUUGUUAGUCCCAGCGGGAGACCGGUUUCACGACACGCGCACGCGGCGCGAAUAUUCGCGGCAUCUUUCCUUACUCUUUUG